CAGACCUUAGGAGAAAAGACCGAAGUGGAAUUUCCUUCCCACUCAGGACAUUCAUCAAGCACUUAUCAGUCUUUUCGAGCAAAAAAAAAUAAAAAUGCUGAACUCCAUUUGAUCAAGCAUUACCUUCUUCCCAUGGGACGAAGAUGAGACAGAGAGGAUCAAGCUCCGGACUCUCUUUGAACUCUCUGAAAAUGGCGGAUCAAGCUCCGACUUCCUCUUCCUCCGCCGCUCUGGAAUUCGGAACCGAAGGAGAUGAAGACUUCAUAUUUGGGGCUGCGUCGGGCUGGGUCGAGGCCCGGACGUCAUGCGAUCACUUGGCUUCUCUGUCUCCUGAUCUUCUUCACAUUCCUGACCCUGACACUCCCUGCAACAGGUGCCACCACCCCGGCGAGAACUGGUUGUGCCUGUGCUGCAAGGAAGUUCUCUGCAGCCGGUAUGUGAACAAGCACAUGCUCCAGCAUUAUCAGCAAAGCGACCACUCUUUGGCACUUGGCUUCAGAGAUCUAUCAGUAUGGUGUUACGCCUGUAAUGCAUAUCUAGAUACUCAAGUGAUUUCGCAGCUCCGUGGUGUCCAUGAAGCUGCAUAUACACUAAAGAUCGGCAAGCACUCAACUUUUAGCACUGUACCGGGCCAGGUCGAGAUCCGAACGUCAUGCGAUCACCUUGCUUCUCUGUCUCCCGAUCUUCUUCACAUUCCUGCACCCGACACUCCCUGCAACAGGUGCCACCACCCCGGCGAGAACUGGUUGUGCCUGUGCUGCAAGGAAGUUCUCUGCAGCCGGUAUGUGAACAAGCACAUGCUCCAGCAUUAUCAGCAGAGCGACCACUCUUUGGCACUUGGCUUCAGAGAUCUAUCAGUAUGGUGUUACGCCUGUAAUGCAUAUCUAGACGCUCAGGUGAUUUCGCAGCUCCGUGGUGUCCAUGAAGCUUCAUAUACACUAAAGAUCGGCAAGCACUCAACUUUUAGCACUGUACCGGGCCAGGUCGAGAUCCGAACGUCAUGCGAUCACCUUGCUUCUCUGUCUCCCGAUCUUCUUCACAUUCCUGCACCUGACACUCCCUGCAACAGGUGCCACCACCCAGGUGAGAACUGGUUGUGCCUGUGCUGCAAGGAAGUUCUGUGCAGCCGGUAUGUGAACAAGCACAUGCUCCAGCAUUAUCAGCAGAGCGACCACUCUUUGGCACUUGGCUUCAGAGAUCUAUCAGUAUGGUGUUACGCCUGUAAUGCAUAUCUAGACGCUCAGGCGAUUUCGCAGCUCCGUGGUGUCCAUGAAGCUGCAUAUACACUAAAGAUCGGCAAGCACUCAACUUUUAGCACUGUACCGGGCCAGGUCGAGAUCCGAACGUCAUGCGAUCACCUUGCUUCUCUGUCUCCCGAUCUUCUUCACAUUCCUGCACCUGACACUCCCUGCAACAGGUGCCACCACCCCGGCGAGAACUGGUUGUGCCUGUGCUGCAAGGAAGUUCUCUGCAGCCGGUAUGUGAACAAGCACAUGCUCCAGCAUUAUCAGCAGAGCGACCACUCUUUGGCACUUGGCUUCAGAGAUCUAUCAGUAUGGUGUUACGCCUGUAAUGCAUAUCUAGAUGCUCAGGUGAUUUCGCAGCUCCGUGGUGUCCAUGAAGCUGCAUAUACACUAAAGAUCGGCAAGCACUCAACUUUUAGCACUGUACCGGGCCAGGUCGAGAUCCGAACGUCAUGCGAUCACCUUGCUUCUCUGUCUCCCGAUCUUCUUCACAUUCCUGCACCUGACACUCCCUGCAACAGGUGCCACCACCCCGGCGAGAACUGGUUGUGCCUGUGCUGCAAGGAAGUUCUCUGCAGCCGGUAUGUGAACAAGCACAUGCUCCAGCAUUAUCAGCAGAGCGACCACUCUUUGGCACUUGGCUUCAGAGAUCUAUCAGUAUGGUGUUACGCCUGUAAUGCAUAUCUAGAUGCUCAGGUGAUUUCGCAGCUCCGUGGUGUCCAUGAAGCUGCAUAUACACUAAAGAUCGGCAAGCACUCAACUUUUAGCACUGUACCGGGCCAGGUCGAGAUCCGAACGUCAUGCGAUCACCUUGCUUCUCUGUCUCCCGAUCUUCUUCACAUUCCUGCACCUGACACUCCCUGCAACAGGUGCCACCACCCCGGCGAGAACUGGUUGUGCCUGUGCUGCAAGGAAGUUCUCUGCAGCCGGUAUGUGAACAAGCACAUGCUCCAGCAUUAUCAGCAGAGCGACCACUCUUUGGCACUUGGCUUCAGAGAUCUAUCAGUAUGGUGUUACGCCUGUAAUGCAUAUCUAGAUGCUCAGGUGAUUUCGCAGCUCCGUGGUGUCCAUGAAGCUGCAUAUACACUAAAGAUCGGCAAGCACUCAACUUUUAGCACUGUACCGGGCCAGGUCGAGAUCCGAACGUCAUGCGAUCACCUUGCUUCUCUGUCUCCCGAUCUUCUUCACAUUCCUGCACCUGACACUCCCUGCAACAGGUGCCACCACCCCGGCGAGAACUGGUUGUGCCUGUGCUGCAAGGAAGUUCUCUGCAGCCGGUAUGUGAACAAGCACAUGCUCCAGCAUUAUCAGCAGAGCGACCACUCUUUGGCACUUGGCUUCAGAGAUCUAUCAGUAUGGUGUUACGCCUGUAAUGCAUAUCUAGACGCUCAGGUGAUUUCGCAGCUCCGUGGUGUCCAUGAAGCUGCAUAUACACUAAAGAUCGGCAAGCACUCAACUUUUAGCACUGUACCGGGCCAGGUCGAGAUCCGAACGUCAUGCGAUCACCUUGCUUCUCUGUCUCCGGAUCUUCUUCACAUUCCUGCACCUGACACUCCCUGCAACAGGUGCCACCACCCAGGUGAGAACUGGUUGUGCCUGUGCUGCAAGGAAGUUCUGUGCAGCCGGUAUGUGAACAAGCACAUGCUCCAGCAUUAUCAGCAGAGCGACCACUCUUUGGCACUUGGCUUCAGAGAUCUAUCAGUAUGGUGUUACGCCUGUAAUGCAUAUCUAGACGCUCAGGCGAUUUCGCAGCUCCGUGGUGUCCAUGAAGCUGCAUAUACACUAAAGAUCGGCAAGCACUCAACUUUUAGCACUGUACCGGGCCAGGUCGAGAUCCGAACGUCAUGCGAUCACCUUGCUUCUCUGUCUCCCGAUCUUCUUCACAUUCCUGCACCUGACACUCCCUGCAACAGGUGCCACCACCCCGGCGAGAACUGGUUGUGCCUGUGCUGCAAGGAAGUUCUCUGCAGCCGGUAUGUGAACAAGCACAUGCUCCAGCAUUAUCAGCAUAGCGACCACUCUUUGGCACUUGGCUUCAGAGAUCUAUCAGUAUGGUGUUACGCCUGUAAUGCAUAUCUUGACGCUCAGGUGAUUUCGCAGCUCCGUGGUGUCCAUGAAGCUGCAUAUACACUAAAGAUCGGCAAGCACUCAACUUUUAGCACGGUACCGGGCCAGGUCGAGAUCCGAACGUCAUGCGAUCACCUUGCUUCUCUGUCUCCCGAUCUUCUUCACAUUCCUGCACCGGACACUCCCUGCAACAGGUGCCACCACCCCUGCGAGAACUGGUUGUGCCUGUGCUGCAAGGAAGUUCUCUGCAGCCGGUAUGUGAACAAGCACAUGCUCCAGCAUUAUCAGCAGAGCGACCACUCUUUGGCACUUGGCUUCAGAGAUCUAUCAGUAUGGUGUUACGCCUGUAAUGCAUAUCUAGACGCUCAGGUGAUUUCGCAGCUCCGUGGUGUCCAUGAAGCUGCAUAUACACUAAAGAUCGGCAAGCACUCAACUUUUAGCACUGUACCGGGCCAGGUCGAGAUCCGAACGUCAUGCGAUCACCUUGCUUCUCUGUCUCCCGAUCUUCUUCACAUUCCUGCACCUGACACUCCCUGCAACAGAUGCCACCACCCCGGCGAGAACUGGUUGUGCCUGUUCUGCAAGGAAGUUCUCUGCAGCCGGUAUGUGAACAAGCACAUGCUCCAGCAUUUUCAGCAGAGCGACCACUCUUUGGCACUUGGCUUCAGAGAUCUAUCAGUAUGGUGUUACGCCUGUAAUGCAUAUCUAGAUGCUCAGGUGAUUUUGCAGCUCCGUGGUGUCCAUGAAGCUGCAUAUACACUAAAGAUCGGCAAACACUCAACUUUUAGCACUGUACCGGGCCAGGUCGAGAUCCGAACGUCAUGCGAUCACCUUGCUUCUCUGUCUCCCGAUCUUCUUCACAUUCCUGCACCUGACACUCCCUGCAACAGGUGCCACCACCCCGGCGAGAACUGGUUGUGCCUGUGCUGCAAGGAAGUUCUGUGCAGCCGGUAUGUGAACAAGCACAUGCUUCAACAUUAUCAACGGAGCACCCACCCUUUGGCACUUGGCUUCAGGUACAUGUUAAAGUUUCUUGAUGAUGGUUAGUCUCUUUCUCAUGCCCACAAACAAUUCUGCCCGGAAGCAGUGAUCUAUCAGUGUGGUGUUAUGCCUGUGAUGCAUAUCUAGAUGCUCAAGUGAUUUCGCAGCUCCGUCCUGUCCAUGAAACUGCUUAUAUACUAAGGUUUGGUGAGCCCCCAUCUUUUAGGACUCUGGAAAUGCUGACUAUAGGAGAGAAUCACUAAGAAGGUUCACCAUCAGGCCGUUGGUUAUUAUCUGGCCAUUUACUUGGACAUUGGAUAGAAAUAUGAUCGGAGGGUCUUAUAUAUGAAUAUAUAUGUGUGUAUAUAUAAUGUGAAGAACACAUCUUUAUGCUCAUGGAAUUCUGUAGAUCAUAUGCAACUCCUUGCAUAAUUA